UUGAGGCCAAACAUCCGGGUUUCUCACUUUUGCGUUCCGGCUGAUCCUACCUCGCUCCCUCGCUCCUCUGAACCUUUCCCUCCCUCGGACCCAGGUCUCACACUAUUCCCACGCGCGCGAGCGUCAGCGACGGGAAGCCUCGAGGGACAUGGCGACUCCGGCGGCGCCGGCCAGCGGCGUCCGAAAUGGUGCUGGCCCAGAAUGGGGAGGCUUCGAAGAAAACAUCCAGGGUGGGGGCUCGGCUGUGAUUGAUAUGGAGAACAUGGAUGAUACCUCAGGCUCCAGCUUUGAGGACAUGGGUGAGCUUCAUCAGCGCCUGCGUGAGGAAGAAGUAGAUGCUGAUGCAGCGGCUGCCGAAGAAGAGGAUGGGGAGUUCCUUGGCAUGAAAGGCUUUAAGGGACAACUGAGCCGGCAGGUAGCAGAUCAGAUGUGGCAGGCAGGAAAGAGACAAGCUUCCAGGGCUUUCAGCUUGUAUGCCAACAUCGACAUCCUGAGACCCUACUUUGAUGUGGAGCCUGCCCAGGUCCGCAGCAGGCUCCUGGAGUCCAUGAUCCCUAUCAAGAUGGUUAACUUCCCCCAGAAAGUCGCAGGUGAGCUCUACGGACCGCUCAUGCUGGUCUUCACGCUGGUCGCCAUUCUCCUGCACGGGAUGAAGACUUCUGACACCAUUAUCCGAGAGGGCACCCUCAUGGGCACAGCCAUAGGCACCUGCUUCGGAUACUGGCUGGGUGUCUCAUCCUUCAUUUACUUCCUUGCCUACCUGUGUAAUGCCCAGAUCACCAUGCUCCAGAUGUUAGCACUGCUGGGCUACGGUCUCUUCGGGCACUGUAUAGUCUUGUUCAUCACCUAUAACAUCCACCUUCAUGCUCUCUUCUACGUCUUCUGGCUGCUGGUGGGUGGCCUCUCCACCCUGCGCAUGGUGGCAGUGUUGGUGUCACGGACUGUGGGCCCUACCCAGAGGCUGCUGCUCUGCGGCACACUGGCUGCUCUGCACAUGCUCUUCCUGCUGUAUCUGCACUUCGCCUACCACAAGGUGGUAGAGGGGAUCCUGGACACCCUGGAAGGCCCCAACAUCCUACCCAUGCAGAGGGUCCCCAGAGACAUCCCUGCUGUGCUCCCUGCUGCCAAGCUUCCUGUUGCUGUGGUCAAUGCCACCGCCAAGGCAAUCGCAGUGACCCUGCAGUCACACUGACCCUCUCUGAAAUCCUUGGCCUGCCCUGACCCCCAGCUCUGGGGCAGAGGAAGAUUAAAGACAGUACUGAGGAUAUGUGUCUGCUGAGGUCUGCAGCCACCAAGCUGCUGCUGCCUAAACACCUCCUAGGCACCAGGCUUGGCUUCUGAAGGGCACAGGCCAGGAACUCAUGGCUAGGACUGCGUCUCUGCAGCCAGGUGCAGAAUAUGGGUCAGCUCUUCUGAGGCCUCCCCACCCACCCCUGGUUCUCUCCUUCCCCUCCUGCCUUGCUAAAUAUAGACUUGGUAAUUAAAAUACUGAUUGAAGUCUGGACCUGCAGCUCCUAUUCCAGCCAUCCUCCUGCCACUCAUCCUGAUGCCCGCUACUGCCCCUGAGGGCUGGAGAUGCUUGACCCACAGAGCCUUAGAGCCCACAGUCCUCACCCUAAGUCUAGGCAACAGUGAGAUUUCCACCUACAAGGACCUUCUGCAGCUGGGCCAUCGUGAGACAGUGUCCCCAUGGAGUUGACAUUUGAAGCCAAGCAUAGUCUUACGAGGCUUUAGUUUUCUAAAGAUUUUUUCUAAGUGUUGACGACCACCAUCCUUUAACCUCCACUGAAGUAAAUUCAGGCUGAGCAUGGUGGUGCAUUCCUUUGCGUCUCAGCACGGCUAUGUAGAAAGGUGGACCUUCAAGGCCAACCGAAUCAACAAAGAGUUCCAAACCAGUCAGGGCCAGUGAGACCAUGUUUCACCAAACAGUGAGUUUGGGAUGCUGGAGUCACGCUGCUCUGGAGGGGACUGGACUUCAGUUCCCAGCGACAAUGGUGAAUGGCUCACAAGUGCUUUGAACUCCAGCCCCAGGUGCCCCACGGACCUCUGAGAGCACCUGUACUCACUGCACAGGCACACCAUAAACAUAAUUAAAAAUAAAGUCCAGGGGCUGGAGAGAUGGCUCUGUUCAAGAGUACUGUCCUUGCAAACUACAAGGAUUCAGUAGCUCAGUUCUCAGUAUCCAUGGUGGGUGGGUCAGAUUUUCCUGAAACUUUAGCACCCUCUUCUGGUUUCUGCAGGCACCUGCAAACCUGUAGGGGUUGUUUGUUUGUUUGUUUGUUUGUUUUGGCGGGAGGGGAAUGACGUGGGAUGAGGUCUCAGUAUGUAGCUCUGGCCUUCUGGAAUUCAACAUGUAGACCAGAGAUCCACCGUCCUCUGCAACACAAAAGCUGAGAUUAAAGGCGCAUACCUAUGUCUGA